CGGAUACUCGACACGACUGUGAUCACUGACGAGGCUCGGGUAGACAUGAGUUCAUUGACCAACGUAGAAUGUCUUUUACUCGCACAAGCAGUGUACGAGUAUGGCGCAAAUGCUUGGCAGCAAGUCUCAAAGUUACUCUCCAAGCAUCCCAUCACCUCCCGCCCAAAGACCUUCUUUUCCGCUAAUUCUUGUCGCGAAAUAUACGCCAGCCUGAUGAGUGAUGCUCAGCUUGAGUGGUGAGAUGAUCGCGCUAAGCCAAGUUGUAUAUGUUCUCAUGAAUAUCCAUGUAGCACCGAAUCUGCUCCACAUGCUCUUGUCAAUCUCAAGCUUGCCCAGAAGUUCUAUAGUG